AUGUCUGCUCACACCAGAGUCGUCAACAAGAGGAGGGCGACAAUCACAGCUCUGCCUCUGUACUACUCUGGACAACUGCUGAAGAAAAACACCAGUGAGAAGGAUUUCAAGAAUUACUAUGGAGAGCUCCGUGGAGCCACGCUGUUUCUGUACGAAGAUGAAUCACAGGCUACAUACAUAGAGAAGCUGGACCUGGAGCAGCUUACGUCCAUGCAGUCAAAUUGUCCGUAUCAGAGGAAGACGCCGACCAUCUUCACCCUCAGCCUGCACACAGAGGAGGUGCAGCUGAAGAUUGACAAUCCUUACACAGGAGCGGAGUGGAGGGCUUACAUCCUGACUAUGGUCAAAAAGGAGAUCCCCGGUGACCUGCAGCUGCUGCCUGGGCAGAAGAUGCUGCUGCUUGACGCUCUGGAGACAGAGAGAAGGAGAAACUCCACCGCGUCACACCCACCGCUCCCGCCCCGACCAUCCUUCCUCCCUUCUUCCACAUCGUCACCCUCCUCUCAACCAGCCGAUGACCAUCCAGACUACAUGACCCCUGAUCUGCCUGCGUGCUUCUUCGAUGUGACGCGGCAGGAGGCUGAGAGGAUGCUGGAGGCAAACCCGGAGUACGGAGGCAUCAUCCUCCGCCCGUCCAGGCUCAACAACAUCUACGCUGUGACCAUCAGACAACUGACACCCAGAGGGCCUGUGAUGAAGAACUACAGAGUGGCCUGCACAAACCCAGGGUUUGUCAUGGAACUCCUCACACCAGUGACCGUCUCCUCCUUGAAUGAAGUAUUGAAAUACUUCAUUGAAAAGACACAGUGCCAUCCCUACGUGACGUCUGAGCCCUACGACUUCCUCAUUGAGCUUCCACCUGCUCCAAACUGCAUCAGCAUCACCUCACCUACACCUAAAACAGUACCCAAGGCACAAGUGGCGCCAAUGCUGCACCCGCAAAUCCAGAAGGAGCUCCAGCUCCCUCCAACUAAGCCAGCGGAGGAUGAAUAUGUGGUUCCUGAGGAUGACACGCCUGAUUACCACAACCUACGUCUGGGUGAGAAUGAGUGA